AUGCAAUUCUCAUCAAUCAUUAUCUCAUCAAUUACCUUUUUAGCUUUAACUCAAGCAUCUCCAAUUAAAUUAGGAGCUUCAUCAGAUCCAAUAAUUUCUACAAAAUCUACACCAUCUGUUCAGCCAUCAAAAUUCCCAACUUUAACCAUUCAACAACCAGUCUUAUCUUCAAAUUCAAAUCAAUUCUUCAGUGCAAAAGUUGUUGAUAAAAGACAAUUAAAUUAA